AUGGCCAAAGACGCUAUCAACGUGGGCAUCAUCGGCUGCGGCGAGGUGGCUCGGAUCAUUCAUAUCCCUACACUCAACCACAUGAGCGACUACUUCCGGAUCACGUACCUCUGCGACGUCUCACACCAGGCACUCGAGCACUGCAGAGGCAAGGUCAGCCAUUUUUCACCCGACCCGAAGACCACGACAUCGGCAGCCGAACUCUGCAACUCUCCAGACGUUGAAGUGGUCUUCGUCCUCAGCAGCAACGAGUUUCACGUCUCGCAGGCCAUCCUGGCUCUCAGGGCGGACAAACAUGUUUUUAUCGAGAAGCCGAUGGCGAUGAAUGAACGGGAUCUGGCUUUAUUGCGGGAAGCUGAACAAGCGAGCAAAGGCACGGUGAUGGUAGGCUAUAUGCGCCGCUUCGCUCCCGCUUACAUCAAUGCUGUCAUGGAGAUCGGCGGCAUGGACAAGAUCUGCUAUGCUGUGGUACGAGAUAUCAUCGGAAGUAACGCGCUGUUCACGCCACAGAGCGGGACGUUUGCGAAGUACUUCUCUGAUUAUGGUGAUGAGGCGAGCAAAGAAAGGGAGAAGGCGCUGGCAGAGAUGUACCAUCAAGGACUGGAAGUGGAUCUAGGAGUGCCAGCGACGGACGGUAGCAAGCAAGCCUGGGCUCUACUCGGAGGCCUAGGCUCGCACGACCUCUCUGCCAUGCGUGAAGCUCUGGGUAUGCCGGAUGGCGUAGUAGGAUGCUCGAUCAACAUGCGGACGAACUUCUGGAAUGCCAUGUUCAAGUAUCCGACCUUCACCGUACACUAUGAGUCUGGGAUCCAUGAUGUGCCGAUCUUCGAUGCCUUCAUUGAGGUGUUUGGGAACUCGAAACAGGUCAAGAUCAAGUGGGAUACUCCGUAUAUCAAGGGCCUGCCGGUGACCAUGACGGUUAGGGAGGAUGCAGACGGGACGGGAGCGUUGAGGGAGAUCGCUGUUAGGAAGACGUACGAGGACCCGUAUACGGCCGAGAUGAGGGAGUUGUAUGGGUUGAUAAGGGAAGGGAAGAAGGUAAAGACGACAGUAGAGGAUGCGGCGAACGAUCUGAAGCUGUUUCAGAUGAUUAUGAAGGCGGGAGCGGCGCAGGUGAGUGGAGGAUAG